AUGGCACCAAAGAGCAAGAAAAUCACCAACAAGACUAGCAAAAUCAACACUGUGGCAUCCCACAUCAGUGAGCUCAAAUAUGAAAUCCACCAGCUCCAGUGUAAAGAAAAUCAUGGAAAGCGAGGGAGCCACAGCAAUCAUCAACAAGGCAGGUGUAUUCGCAAACCGAAAGGUUCACCAGGAAGAUCCUUUCCAAAAGGAUACAAUAUUCAAGAAGCUAUGGAAUUAGGCAAGAAAAAAAGGCAGUAUAACGCAUUUUCAGCUGUUGCACGUCAGCUGUCAUGGAAGUACCUUGAUGUUACAGCAACCUUGCGGAAUCAAGAUCAAUUUGUCCUCAAUAUGGUUCUUUCGCUGGCUCAAGAAAAAUACAAAUAUCUACAGAAGUUUCCCAGUAACUGGCCUAUGCGUGACCUGAUUGGGAGAUUCUUACGCAACUAUGUCCAAUAUUUGAAAAAACAAGAGAUUGAGACCACCACUAGUGACGACGGUGAUGAGUUUAAUGGCUAUAAUCUUGACGGACUGGCCGAAGUCCUUAAUAGAAAUGAGAACAAAAACAGUAUGGAUGAAGAUGAGCCCCAGGAUGAAGAGAUUACUAGAAAGGAAAGAUCUCCGGCAGCCGAAAACCUAUGA